UAUAAAAGCAGGAUAAACUCAAACAUAUCGAUUAGUUUUGAAAGUUUAGAGCUUCAAACAACAUGAAAGUAAUUUUCACAGUUCUCGUUUUAGUGGCUGUAGCUGCACAUACAGAUGCAAGGAAGAGAUGUUACCCACUUCCAGUUCCAGUAACUGAUCCACCAGUUCCAGCAUGUCCAAAUAAUGAAGUCUACUCAGAUUGUGGAGCAUAUUGUCAAUCAACAUGUGGCCCACCCACACCAUGUGCACGUCCUCCCCAAGAUUGCAAUCCUGGAUGCGUUUGUGCUGCUGGCUUUGUUCGUGAUGUUAGCGGUGGAAAAUGUAUUCUACGUGAAGAUUGUCCUGUAAACGAGCCAGUAUGCAAAAAGUUCGAAAUUUUCUCGGAUUGUGCUGCAGAAGCUUGUAAAAAAACAUGUGAGACUUUGGACACAUAUUGUAAAGCUCCUUGUGUUCCUGGUUGUAAAUGCCCUGAAGGUCAGGUCUACUUAGAUGACAACAGAAAUGCGUGCGUUGUUGAAGAAGACUGCCCUAAAAUCAUUGUUGAUCCACCACAGCCUGAACCGGAACCAGAACCACAGCCUGAACCUGAACCAGAACCUCAGCCUGAACCUGAACCUGAACCUCAGCCUGAACCUGAACCGGAACCAGAACCACAGCCUGAACCUGAACCACAACCAUCAAGUGAAGAGCCAUUACCACCACCAGAACCAACACCAACAUGCUCAGGAGAAAAUGAAUACGCUACUGAAUGUGGAACAUUAUGUGAACCAACAUGUAAAAACUUUAGCAAUCCUCCACCCUGUCCUAUUGUUUGUGUUUCCGGAUGUUUCUGUAAUCACGGCUACGUUCGUAACUCGGAUAACAAUUGUGUUCUUGAAAACGAAUGUCCAGCUAUUGGCAUCAAUGCUGCAAAAGAAGAUUGCAAGAAAAAUGAAGCCAUAAUCGAGUGUACCAACGAGUGCAUGGAAUUGUGUGAUAGACCAAUGUUCUGUCCAAUGUCGUGCAUUACUGGAUGCUUCUGUGCUGAAGGUUAUUGCCGUGAUGCACAUGGAAAGUGCGUUCCUUUACCCGUUUUGUAAUGUCUAAGCAUUAUAUAAGCUCUGGCAAUAAUCGAGUAAUUGUAUUGACAUCCUCAGAAUAAUAAAGUUGUCAGUAAAUAAAUGAAUAAAAAAUUGUUUUUCAAUAAAUAAAA